AUGUCGCGACCACUGUCAAAACAAAUGCAACCCGAGACUGAAGAUCGGAGACCCGAUCCAUUCGGUCCACCUCAAGUUCCACGCUCUGGUGGCAUCCAACGACUUCGAAACACACUCUCCAAACUCUCGCCAUCUACCUUUGCAGAAAAAGAACUCCUCCGAAACAAGAGCCAGUACAAACCCUUGACUCAGAGAAACGUCGACACGUUGGUCACCGAACAAGAAUGCAACGAAGCCUACAGACCUAAUCUCAAUUCGCCCGAGAUUCAAGUCACGGAAUGGUUGCGACAGGUUUCAUGA